AUAAAUUCAACUAUUUUCUCAAAAAAUAAAUUCGACUCAGGGCACGUCUUCGCCUUCGGCUUCGCCUCAAGCCCACCGGCGUCUACAGAUCCGGGCAUGGCGUUUCCGUCGAAAGUAUCCGCCCUGCUUCUAUUCGCUUCUGCUUCAGCCGCGCUCAACCUGUUCCUCCUACUCCCCUCCCUCUUCCCUUCCCCCUCCUGCCCUACUUCAUCCCCGGUCCCCACCAAGGUCCACGACCACCGGAUGCCGGAACAGAUCUUUCCUUCGUCGGACGAUAUCAAAUGGAUCCGAGCUCAGAUCCACGGUAACUCACUCCCAGAUCCUUCCAACAGCCCACACGUCUGGCAUUCACUUCGCAAAGGCAUCAAUCCCCGCACUCGCGAACAGCAGCUCGAGGAUCUCUUGAGAUUCAAGGGCAUUUCACACUACGAGGAUGCAGGGAACAUUCACACAGCUCUUCCUUGCCCGGGAGAGCUGCUAGUGGAGGAGCACCACAGUAACUACGGCGAGCCCUGGGCCGGUGGUCGUGACGUCUUCGAGUUCCUUGCUUCUGCCAUUUCUCUCCAACCCUCUGAUCUUGUAUUGGAGGUUGGUUGUGGCACUCUUCGUGUCGGUCUCCACUUCAUCCGGUACCUUGAUUCAGGUCACUAUAGUUGCCUUGAGCGAGAUGAACUCUCACUCCUUGCAGCUCUCCGCUAUGAGCUACCCUCGCAGGGGCUCCUUCAUAAGCGCCCGUUCAUCCUUAAAGGGGAUGAUAUGAAUUUUUCCCGAUUUGGAGAAGACAGUUCCUAUGAUUUGAUAUAUGCCAGUGCGGUUUUUCUUCACAUUCCUGAUCAUCUAGUGUGGGUGGGUUUGGAGAGGUUGGCGUUGAAGCUGAAACCAAUGAAGGGGAGGAUCUUUAUUUCUCACAACAUCAAGUUCUGUUCAAGGAUUAAGAAGGAAUGCCCCAUGAAACUUGAGGAGAUAGGUUUGGAGUAUGUUGGAAAUCACACUCAUGAUAGUUUAUUAUUUAAUCAUUAUGAAAUAUGGUACGAAUUCAGAAGGAGUGUAAAAUGAGAUUCCAAAACCCCACAUUUACGCUUUGCAAAGGCAUCAAUCACCGUACUCGCGAACAACAGCUGGAGGAUCUCUUGAGAUAAUCAAAUUUUCAUGUUAUUUUCUUUGUUUUCCUUGCAAAUCGCUUUCUCAAGCCUAUUAGCUUUUUGGCAUCUUUCGUAUCUGUUUAGCAAGUUUUUAGAUUCAAGGGCUCCGUUCUUCUGUUUUUAGAUUCAAGGGCAUUUCACACUGCAAGGAUGCUGGUAACAUUCACACAGCUCUUCCUUACCCGGGAGAGCUGCUAGUGGAGGAGCACCACAGUAACUGCGGGUAGCCCUGGGCUGGUGGUCGUGACGUCUUCGCGUUCCUUGCUUCUGCCAUUUCGCUCCCCUCUGAUCUUUUAUUGGAGGUUGGUUGUGGCACUCUUCGUGUUGGUCUCCACUUCAUCAAGUACUUUGAUUCAGGUCCCUAUAAUUGUCUUGAGCGAGUUGAACUCUUACUCCUUGCAGCUCUCCGCCGUGUGCUCUCCUCUAAGGGGCUCCUUUAUAAGCGCCCGUUCAUCCUUAAAGGGAAUGAUAUGGAUUUUUCCCAGUUUUGAGAUGACAGUUCCUAUGAUUUGAUAUAUGCCGGUGCAGUUUGUCUUCACAUUCCUGGUCAGCUUCUGUGGGUGGGUUUGGAGAUGUUGGAAUUGAAGCUGAAACCAAUGAAAGGGAGGUUAUUUAUAUCUCACAAUAUCAAGUUUUCUUCAAGGAUUAAGGAGUGCCCCAUGAAACUUAAGAAGAUAGGGUUGAAGUAUGUUGGAAAUCACACUCAUGAUAGUUUUUGUUUAAUUGUUAUGCUCGAUGGGGGGUGCUUUGCACCAUGGAAAUUUUUUUCCGUACAACAUCCCGGCGUUGUGUGCCCAAGCGCCACGGUGCUGUGUUCCCAAGUGCCCUAGUGUUGAACAACAUAGAGCAAAGCACCUUAACGGCAUAGAUACGACCCUACAUCGGAUUAAGACAAAUGUUUGAGUGCCGCAGCGCCCCAAAUUGACGCGACAGUGGUGCGAGACGGACUGGAUGAUUUUCUUUCUCAUUUUUCUAAAGGGUUGCGUCCCUUAGGGUUAUUUACUUGGCUUUCUCUUGUAUUUUAAAUUAGUUAGAUAGAGAACUAUGCAUGUGAGAAGAGAAGCACUGAGAGAGCAAGAGAAAAGAGAGAUCUGUACUUAUUUAUCCCAAUUUUCAUAGUGGAUUUUUUGGUGUAGUGUGGCUUCA